CGCAAUUCUCGAUUAACGUCUCGUUUCGAAAACUCUUCCAACGAGUUCCCAAUCUACAGUUAUGUGGGAAUCAAAUGACAAUCAAGAACUAAAGGACAAUAAUACGGAGCGAAAAGUUUCUGGAAAGCUGAGAGAGAAGACGAGAAAAAGGAGACCUAGAAAAUCGAUUACUCAGGCUACAGCAGCAGAGGAACAGCGUGCCCUGCAGUCACCUCCAAGACAAGGAUCUCUUUCCCAACAAACACCAUCACAUACUCUACAGACAAUUCUGCAGCCUACGAACACAGUAUUGCAACCUACAGAAACUGCCGGUGAGCCACUACAUACACUGCCUCAGUUGAUGCAGUUGGUACAGAAACUGCAUCCACUAUCAGGGGGGGAUCAAACAGUAAAAACAGCGCCACAGCUGCCAACAAGUCAACCUUUACAGGCAUCACUGCAGCUCCAAGAAGCUGCUCAUCAGACUCAACCAACUGUGUCUCAGUCUUCACAAAUGAUGAUGCAAUCACAGAUCACUACAUCCCAGCCCCUACAAGUUUCUAUGCGGCCUCUAAAUACUACACCACAGCUUACCCACACAGUGUCACACUCUUCUCAAACAAUUUUGCAGCCCACACAAAGUUUGCUUCAACCGCCACAAAGUCUGCUACAGGCUUCACAGGCUUCGCUUCAGCCUCCUCAGACACUCUUUCAGCUUCCACAGACCGUGCUCCAAGUAGCACCCCAAACUCUGCAAACCGUGCUUCAGGCUCCAAAUAAUACUCUUCGGGCUCCGCAACCGGCAGGGCAGCAACUUCCGCGCUCUGGACCAUUGGAGAGUACCCCAUCUUUAGCUUCACUCGCCCAGUUCACUCUCCCUCCAAAUCUGUUUCCCUCACCGUUGUUAAACAGCGCUAUCCAAGCGCCUCUCCAGCCUUGCCUCCUGUCUUCUCAUACAUCUCCUCAUUCAUCCACCAUGAGUAUGCUUAGUGCUCUUCAAGAUGAUAAACUUGCUUUGAUCCUUCCAGUGUUAGUGAGAAUGGAGCAUAAGAUAGAUCAGAUUAUGGCGAUUAUCGGCGCUAAAUCCAGUGUUGGAAUAAAUGGGCUGCAAACAGAAAACAAGUAUAAUCCCAACUUGAUAGACAAACAGUGCGAAAGUGGCCCAAAUUCUGUCAUGACAGGAAACGGAUCGAUUGAAUCAAAGACGGAAAGUCAUUCCACUACUGUUACGAUGGUAAAUCAGUUAAAUACAGAUAACUUAGCUAACCAUUCGAAUAUACCUUUGCCAGGAAAGCAAAAGAAAUGUUUUACGAAGGGAGACCAAGCGGUGAGCGCACCUAUCAAAUCUCAGUCAAAAGAAAGCCAGUCAACUGCGUCAACAACAAAUUAUAAGCGGUCUAAUGUUAACUUGACUGAAUCCCACUCGAGUGACGGAGCGAUGGAGAACAGCGAUACAGACACUGCUAUGGAAUCUAUUAGCGUCGAAGCUUCCAGUUUAACUUCCUCGUGUAACGUGACGAAUUUGCAUCCUGGUUUAUCGACAGCUCAAGGCCGUCUGAUUCAACGUAAAAUGGCAAAAAUAACUGAGCUUACGCUGCCUGAAAAUUCAAACUUUCCCAUUUCACGUGACAAUAUUAUUGCGAUGCAGGCAAAGUCCACCUCCACGAUGAAUUUUGCCGUGCGCCUGAUGCGCGAAUUGUUUACCUUGGAGGAACUUGAUGGGAAGAACAUUUCAGGAGCCAGAGGGAAAGACAGAGUCGACCCGAACAGAGUGGAAAUCAUUAAAGAAAUUGUCUUCCAGGUUUAUCGUACAUUACCGUCUGACAGAGAUAUGGUGUGGAGGUGCUGCCGCAAGGCGAUGGAUUCCUUUAUGCGUCGCAUGAAGCGGGAGCGUACGCUGAAAAGCAAAACUAACUCUGCUGCAACUAUUUAACGUGAAUUUUUGAUACAGAUCCAACUCGUGGCUUAUCAUUUCCAAAGUGCUUUCAGUACGAGAUCUUUAUUAUUUUUCCUAUUUGUUGACUUCAGGAUUCUUCCUAUCUCCAUCAUCAUCCUCUUUAUUUUCUUUAAAUAGUUUGGAAGAAAUGUAAGUUGGUUGUUGUGAAAAUACGAAAUGGAAAAAAGGAGCUUUUGUUUCAAGAAUAGUUAGGUGCACACCAUCUUGAAUUUAGUUUUGGGCCGGGCAGUUUUCCCGCAACUUCCUCUGCGUUGUAUAUUGGGAACAUGCAGAGGAGAUUAUUGUUUUUAACAGCUCCUUGUUUCGAUUGGUUGAAGUCAAUAUUGGUUGAAUGAACUUUGUGAGGCGACUCUGUUACUUGGCUUGACUUGUUUGACUGAUACAGUUUCGUGCAUAAGACUAUUAAAUGAUUAUUCGGCAAUAAUAACAGAGUCUGAGCAGAACAAUUGUUUUAAUAUGAUUGUACUCGGGUGAUUAUUAGAGCAACUGCAUUUUCUUUCACUUUACUCGUUUUCUUCUUAAAAUCAUUACGAAUUCGGGCGAGGGCCAUUUGAAACUGAGUGCUUCACAUUGCAUGGUGAUUAUUAACAACUAUAUUUACCGAAGUGAAGUAUCCAGCUAGUGCUGGAUGUUUACCGAGCCACGAAGCGGCGAGGUAAAUAUCCACCGCUUGCCACCGACCCUAAUAUAUCUUGCUUGACCUCGACCUGCGUUAUCUCAGGUGGUUCUGCCAA